UGAUACUGUGGUCGUAUAUAUAUUAUACGACUACUUUAUACGGGUCGUAUAUAUCUAUACGGCUCGUAUACAAUGAAUUUCCUUAAUUUUAUUAUUUUAUUACUAUUUGACGCGACGUAUUAUUCCUCGAUUCACGUGCGAGUAGACGUAAGAUUCUCUGAUUCGAUGUUAUAUUCCUCGAUUCUCGUGCGAUUUAUGUGAUUAGACGUUAGAUUCCUCGAUAUUCGUGCGAGUUAUUUGAUUCGAUGUUAGAUUCCUCGAUUCGCGUGUUAAUCAUUUGAAACGAUGUAAUAUUCCGUAAAAUUCUCUAUAUAAACGACACUAAUUUCAUUCAUUUUCAUUCAACUUCUAUUCGUUUCUUCUAUUUUUUUCUGUAUUCAAAUUAUUUACGCUAUAAUGUCGGGUUGGGGUAACUUUUUUAAUGUGUUUGAUAACGAGGCGAAACAGGGGAGUUAUGAUAACAAUGAAGAUAACAAAGCGGGCAUGUUUGAUCUGAAUGCUCCGUUCGAUCCCAUUCUUGCGUCUGAUGCAGGUCAGGAUACUUGGGGUUUGGAUGCAAUUCAGCCUAAUUAUGCUGGUUAUUAUCCAUCGCAACACCCGGUUAAUUUUGAAGCCCCUCCUGUUAGUUUUGGACCACCGACUGAUAGUUCUCAGUCUCCUCCCAUAAGUGAUGGACCGCCGGAGGGUCCAAAUGCUGACCAGGAACGUAGUGAGUUUCAAAACAAGCAGAAAUUCGCUAGCAUGGAUGAAUUGGUAGAGUGGUGUAGAGACGUUGGACGCGUAAAUGGCUACGCCCUCGUCACCAAACGCACCAUCUACGAUAAACAGGGUAGCGGUCAGCCGUUAAAAAUCUGGCUUACGUGCGAUUGUGCCGGCGAGUACAAAUCAACAGCCACGGUCAGACGCAGCGGGACCAGGAAAACCAGUUGCAAGUUCCAACUGAUCGGGGCAUACAAAAAGAGGUUAGGUUAUUGGGAUCUAAAGGUUGAGGAAGCUAAACAUAACCACGAACCAUUUCUGUAUCUAGAGGGUCAUCCGUCCCUAAUGAGGCCGACUCCAUCAGAAGAGAGGACGGUGGAGCAAAUGACGCAUCAGAACAUAAAACCACGAGACAUUCUUGCUGCCAUUAAAGAACAGAACCCCCAUAAUGUCUCAACAAGAAACACCAUAUACAACGCUCGGGCCAAAUUAGGUUGAAUGGAACAAGUCGGCGAGACUCCAAUGCAGAUACUUUUCGACCGGUUGGGGAAGGUUGGGUUUUUUUUUACCAUAGAACAUCUCAAAACGGCGAACGGGUCGAGGAUGUUUUCUUCAUUCACCCGGAGUCGAACAUGUUAUGGCGCGCCUUCCCGCAUGUGUUGCUUAUAGACGCCACCUACAAGACGAAUCGGUACAAAAUGCCGCUAGUCCAGAUUAUCGGUGUUACAUCCACGUUGUUGUCGUUUUGCAUUGCUCAUGCGUUCGUAAGCAACGAGAAACAGGAAAACUUCACAUGGUUCUACAGAGGUUGAAACACUCAUUAGACAGUGUUAUGGAACCCCGUGUAAUAGUAACGGAUAGAGAUCGCGCCCUAAUGAACGCAUGUGCAACCGUGUUUCCCAGGGCUAGACAUUCAUUGUGUAGGUGGCACAUACAGCAAAACAUCUUCAAACAUUGCAGGAAAAGCUUUAAAACAGAGGAUAAAUGGGAUAGGUUUCUUUACAAGUGGGGUGAGCUAAUUAACUCAACGACCGAUCAUGACUACAACUACUGGUACGAGCGAAUACGAUCAAACUUGCCACGCAAAAAAACCGACGAUAAGUUUUAUAUAAUUUUUGUUUAAUAAUCGUAUUUAUUUGACUUGUCUUAACUGCACUUGACUUUGAUUACAGAGAUUAUGAACUAUUUGGAUUCAAUCUGGUUACAACCAUAUAGAGACCGGUUUGUUUCGUUCUGGAGCGACCAACAUCUGAACUUCGGUCAACGUACAACGAACAGGGCAGAGGGUCAACAUGCCCUUUUGAAGCAGUACCUAGGCGACUCUAAUUACACCCUGGAGAAAGUGGUACCACUUAUCGAUAAGCUCAUAAGAAACCAGGUGACAGAAAUCAAAGGCAGCAUUGAAACAAGCAGGAGCCGAACAUUGGGUCAUCAUAACAAACCAAUAUUUAAUCUCCUACUAAAGAAGGUUUCACAUGCCUGCCUAGAGUUGAUAUCAGACGAAGUAAAUGAAAUAGAAAAAUUAAAGUUAUAUAACCGUACAUGCGCGUGCCGUUUGUAUACAAGCUGUGGAUUGCCGUGCGCGUGUCGGUUGGAACCGUAUACAACGAAUGGUGAAAUGAUCCCGUUGGAGUUGAUAGACCCUUUUUGGAGAAAGUUAAAUUUCGACUCCAUAGUGGAACCAAGCAAGGUGGACUCUUUCGACUUAGACGGAGAAUUUGCGCUUCUCAAACAACAUUUAAGUGCUCAACCGAGAGAACUCAAGAAAAACUUGAUUCAAAAGAUGAAGGAGUUGGUACAGCUCAAUAAGACGAAGCUUAAACAACCAGUUGUGCAAAAAAACACACGGGGUCGUCCAACUUUAAAAGCUCAGCAACAAAGGAAGGAUGAUUCGUUUACGGAGCCUUCUAGACACAGCUUUUUUACAACGCAGGACCAGUAUAGUGAUUCACAAGAUGGGUUUGGCACACAAGAGUCAACGAUCGAACCUACCAGGCACAGCUCGUUUGUCGAGUCACAAAGUUAUUGUACUGAAACACCUAUGUUCUUCGGCGAGAUUGCGAAAGGCGCUAAGAAUUCGAAAACGAAAAACAAGGUCGCAAAAUCAAAGGAAGAGCUACCAGACUUACCUUUGCUGCCUGUCGGACAAGUUAAUAUGUUCUUGCACUUCAAAAAGUUCAUUCCACCGUGCUUCUAUCCACACCUCAGUCACAUACAAAUUGUGCAGAGUGAUGGUAAUUGUGGGUUUCGAUCUAUAGCGGUCGGCUUAUCGCUUAAAGAGUGGCAGUGGCUGUGACAAUCCAAAAUUUCGAUCCACUAACAUAAAUCAUCCGACAACUUUAAUCGGUCCAUGUAAGUUCAUUUAAUGUGUGUUGAAUGUUAAAGAUAGUUGAUGCUCCAUGUGUGUAUCUCAGCCAACUAUAUAAUUAUGACCCAUGUACUGAUUGAGGUCCAAUGAAAUUGCACUCUACACAAGGUUGUUGGCCACUUACACAACAUAACUUACACAAAUUAUUGAAAUCACAUGUUGUGUCAGCAUAUCACAUAUCACGUGAAGAUUGAUAUCCCAAUUGCAAAGCCAUGUGCUGAGAAUUUAUGUGGCCAAUGCUAGAUAUCUAUAAAAAGAUCUUGGCCCAAUCACUGUUUAUAGGAUCCGACAUAAUUAUUGCGAGUAGAGUUUUGCCAAAUGAGUUGUUUUGUCAUCACCACUAACCCGGCAAAACAUAAGUGACUUUCGUCACCUCGGCCCAACAUAACUGGCGGCCCAGUUGUGGAUGUUUUAACCUCUACAUCCAUCAAACGUAAGCUA